GGUUUCUAAUCAAACGUCCACAGAUAAAAAUGUCGUCUUGCGUAAGCGGCGGCGGCGCCUAUAGCUUUGAGUUAGAAAUGAUAAAAUCGCCGCCGUCACACAACAUUCCUUCACCGUCAUCUACAAUCUCCGAGUCAAACUCUCCUCCGUUCUCAAUCUCCACGAGAAGGCCACGAACUCCACGGAAACGUCCGAACCAAACAUACGACGAAGCUGCGGCUCUUCUCUCCACCGCUUACCCAAAAAUCUUCUCUUCCAAGAAAGCAAAAACUCAGAUUUUCGGCAGUAACAAAUCUCCUCUAAGUGAUUACGACGAAGCUUCUCAGUUGCUUCUUCCGUACGCAUCCAUCGAGGAGAACGAGUUCCUGUUCAAUCCCACUAUUCCAACGAAAGCAGAACACUUCUUGGAGCAUAAGGAAGUCAGUUUUGAUGACUCGGAGGUGAUUAGGUUUGGGAUUUUAGAAGAUUUCGACGCGGAAUCGAUUUUAGAUGAAGAGAUUGAAGAAGGGAUCGACAGUUUUAUGGGGAAUAUUGAAUCCAAUCACGGAGAUUCUGGCAGAAUCGGUCGAUUAGAGGAAAUUAUGAAGAAUGCUUGGAACGGAAGGUUUCGUUUAGGGCUUGGUUUGAGGAGUUCUCUCCGAGAAAACGACGACGGGAACUGGUGGAAAUUUCCCACCGUGGAAUUUGAUCAGAUCUCGCCGAGAAUUCAGACCGCCACCGCAGCUGAUGAUGGUCAAUCCAAUGUCGUCGAUAGUAUUAAAAAUAAAACGAUUGUGACGGCGGAGGGAGACAAGAAAAAGAAAAAGAAGAAGAAAAAGAAAGUGGCUCCGGUGGCGGCGGAAUCAAAGAGCUCUGAAGUUCCGGACUCGAGUACAAAGAUGGAGCAGAGAGUGAGUCCGUUGUUGAAGCUCGACUACGAUGGGGUUUUAGAGGCUUGGUCAGGUAAGGAGUCACCGUUCUCCGACGAGAUUCUGGGUUCCGACGCCGCCGGAGUCGAUUUUCAUGCAAGGUUGAGUGAGAUAGAUUUGUUCGGAGAAAGUGGAAUGAGAGAAGCAAGUGUGUUAAGGUAUAAAGAGAAGCGAAUGAACCGACUCUUCUCAAAAAAAAUCCGAUAUCAAGUUCGCAAACUCAACGCCGAUCAACGCCCGCGUAUGAAGGGACGAUUUGUGAGAAGGCCCAACGCAAGGCAUUUAAGUGGGCUACGAUUAUAAGAAUAAGAGCCGAAAAAACUUAAGCUCUUUGAUUCUCUUUUGGUUUUGUUUAUUCACGUUUAGUUGUUUUGUUUUUGCAGACUUUUGCAAUUUCGGUCUCCAUUUUUGUUCCUUUUUACUAGCCCCCUCUUGUUUUUUUCUGUCCUAAGGGAAUGGGGAAGAAAUUAGUUGAUUCGAUACAGUUAAGAAUCAUAACGAAUACAACUUUAUUUUGUCU